AUGUCUCAAGUUCACUCUUCCAAUGUUGUCGGCGUUCACUACAAAGUUGGCAAAAAAAUAGGUGAGGGCUCCUUUGGCAUCAUCUUCGAGGGCAUGAACCUCCUCGCCAACCAACAAGUUGCUAUCAAAUUCGAACCAAGAAAGUCUGAGGCUCCCCAACUAAGAGACGAAUUCAGAGCCUACAGAAUCCUUAAUGGCUCAAUUGGUGUUCCCAACGCAUACUACUUUGGCCAGGAGGGCCUCCACAACAUCCUCGUCAUCGACCUCCUAGGCCCCUCUCUAGAAGACCUUUUUGAAUGGUGUGGAAGAAAAUUCUCCGUAAAGACAACCAUCCAGGUCGCCAAACAAAUGAUUUCCAGAGUUCAAACCAUCCACGAAAACAACCUCAUCUACAGAGACAUCAAACCAGACAACUUCUUAGUCGCCAACCCAAAAUCAAAAAACCCAAACCUCAUCUACAUUGUCGACUUUGGCAUGGCCAAAUACUACAGGGACCCCAAAUCAAAAGCUCACAUCCCUUACAGAGAAAGAAAAUCCCUUAGUGGUACCGCUAGAUAUAUGAGUAUAAACACUCACCUCGGAAGAGAACAAAGCAGAAGAGACGACUUGGAAUCCCUAGGCCACGUCUUCAUGUACUUUCUAAGGGGCUCCUUACCAUGGCAGGGCUUAAAGGCUCCCACCAACAAGUUGAAGUAUGAAAAAAUUGGUGAAAAAAAGCAAUCAACUGUUGUUUCCGAACUAUGUUACGGCUUUCCCUCUGGCUUUACUGACUACUUGAACUAUGUUCGCAAUCUAAAAUUCGACGAAACACCCAACUACGACUACCUUAGAAGCGUCAUGGACAAAUCCCUUCAAGAUAUUGGUGAAAAAGAAGAUGGCCACUACGACUGGAUGGAUCUCAACGCCGGUAAAGGUUGGGACUACCUGAUAAACAAAAAACCAAAUCUACAUGGCUACGGUUAUCCAAAUCCAAGAAGACAUCACCACCAACAAAACAACAACAACAAUGCAAACACAAACCAA